UAAUCAAUUCAUAUCAUCAUAUUGUACCGUUUGAUAUAAGUCAGGGCUGUCGAACUGGAAUUUCGCGAACUCCAUAGUGACUUUCCCCUCACAAAGAGUUACCCUCUCCAUACCUACUUUUACCUGUGUGUACACUACAUAAAUCUACUUACGUACACAAUCUCGAGUAGCUCCUAAAUUAGAGGUAGUGGAGGAACACUGAUCGAGAGUCACUAGCAUGAGGAGAUUCAGUUCGACAGCUCUGCUAUGUGUCACAUGUCGUGAAAAAAGUAUCUGAUAUACACUCAUAUUAAAACAUCUAACCAAAGUUUUUGAAAUGUCAAAAUAGUUUGCCCACUUUGUAUUUAAACUUGUUUAAUUUAUUGAGAAACGUCUCUACUUUUGUAAACAACAAUUUUCUAACAUAACGUAAAUUAUCGAAAAAAUAUUGAAAUGGAAGACCUACAAAAAUUGGAAGAGGUGGCCAAGGCGAGAGCAACAAAAUAUGUGUCUAAUUUAUUACAACGUCCAGGUCAAUUGGAAAAAAUUGAUAUGUAUAAACGUAGAAUUAGUCGAAAGAAAGCUUCCGUAGAAACCAUGCUCAAAACUGCAAUGCAAAGUCAAUUAGAUGGAGUUCGAGUGGGCUUUGAACAACUUCAAAGUUCUUUAGAAAGUAUUGCUUCUGUAAAACAAGAUUUAAAUGAUAUUGGUGAGUUGUUCAGUCAAAUUCCAGAACUUAAUGCAAAACUACAGGCUGUCCAAGAAGAAAAUAUGCGUCAUUCGCAAUAUGUUACUGCCAAAGAAACCCUGAAACAUACGUUUACAGUGCCUGACAGUGUUGAAAAGACUAAACAAUGGAUAAAUGAGGGUAAACUGUUACAUGCUCAUCAGAGUAUUAUGGAUCUUGAGAAUUCACGGGAUGAUUUACUUUACGAACUUCAUAAGCUUCCAAAUCAAUCACCAGCUGACACAAUUAUGUUAAAAGCUUAUUUAGAAGAUGUUGAAAUGCUUUCACAAUUAAUGGAAAAACAAAUCAGAUUAGUAUUAAGUCGCACAUUAAACACUGUAAGAAAAGAACCCACUGUUAUUGUAACAGCAUUGAGAAUUAUAGAAAGAGAAGAGAAAGCAGAUCAUUUUGCUAUUCAAAGGCAUAAACAAAGUGGAUUCAUGCCACCAGGUAGACCUAAAAGAUGGAAAGACAUGGCUAUGAAAGUUCUUGAAAAGUCUAUAGCUAAUAGAAUUGAAGGUACUCAUGUUGAAGAAAGGGUGGAUAAUAAAAUGUGGCUAGUUAGGUACUUAGAACUAACAAGGCUCUUAAUUCUAGAAGACUUAAGAGUUGCUAAAACAUUAUGUGAACCUUGUUUUCCACCUUGGUGGAACAUCGUAAGAACUUGUGUUAAAAUGUAUCACACAAGCUUAUCGCAACACUUGAAAGAUAUAAUUGCCAAUGGUUUAGAAGGAAACGAAUAUGUAUCCUUAUUAUCUUGGAUUAUGAAUACCUAUACUGGACCAGAAUUAAUGCAACACAGAGAAUUGAAUAUCGAUACAAGUGAUAUUGGUCCAUUGUUGAAUCCUGAAAUUAUAAAUGACCUCCAGGACAAGUAUUUGAAAAAUAUGUGUCAAAAUUAUGAAGAUUGGAUGAGAAAAACUUUAGAAACUGAGAAAGUUGAUUGGUGGAGUGGAGUACUACCAGAAGGUAGCACUCAAGAAGCAUACUACCAUACUGCAGCACCUGUAAUAAUAUUUCAAAUGAUUGAUCAAAAUCUUCAAGUAACAAAAACAAUUAACGCUGAUUUAACAGCACAAGCAUUAUUUUUAUGUAUUGAACAGGUCGUUAAAUAUGGAUUUAUGUAUAGGCAAGCAAUAUUGGAAUUUAAAAAUAAACAUUUUGAAGAUAGGAGUCAAGUACCAUAUUUUACACAUCACAUGAUUACAGUUGUAAACAAUUGUCUACAGUUUACAGAAUUAGCACAACAAAUGAAACAACUUUACUGGGUUCCAAAUACUAGUGGAGAUGCCACUGUUAAAUUUGAGGGCUUACUGUCCUAUUACCAACAAUUACGGAAUGAAGCAGCAGCUAUAUUACUCGAAGAAUCCUUUUUAGAUUUAGAAUCGCAAUUUCAAGAUCUGAUAACUCCCAAAUGGUUAUCAUCUCCAAUUCCUGUGGAAACCAUUUGUGUGACUUUAGAAGAUUAUUUCCAAGAUUACAACCAUUUAUCUCCCAAAAACUUUGAGUAUGUUAUUACAGAAGCUCAAAAUCUGAUUGCGAAACGUUAUAUUUCCGCAAUGCUGCAACGAAAAAUAUCUUUAAAAACAUAUGAUGAAUGUUUAACAUGUACUUCAAAGAUAAUGACAGAAGCAGACAAACUAAAAAACUUUUUCGACAGAAUAGCGCCAAAAGUAGGAAACUUUAAUUCUCCCUUUGAAAUAAUCAAACGCCUUGCUGAAGUAUUACGUUGUGAAGAUUCCGAGAUACUCUCUCUUGACUUGCAUUCUUUAGUUGAAAAAUAUCCAGAUAUGACAGAAGAUCAUCUAGUUAGAUUACUAGGUCUUAGAGGUGAUAUUUCUCGUAGUGAAGCAAGAGAAAAAGUUUCAUACAUCUUUGAAGCCCAACGUAAUCGUAAAGUACCACAAUCUAUUACACACAGCAUAUUCAAACAGAUAGUUAUACAGGAUAGUUUUCUUAGUUGGAAGCCUUGAAAUUCAAAGACAAAGAAAAAUAUAAAUUAAAUUCUUACACAUCAUCAAUAAAGAUGAUUAAGUCCGGUACAUCAUAUUUAAUUAAGAAAUAAUGAACAGUUUCUUUGAUUAGAGUUUCAGGAAACUUCACUCUUUAAUUGAAAUG